CAUUGAGAUAGCAAAAAAAUUAGCUAUUUUCUGAAAGCACCAUAGUUAGGAUAUAUAUUUUUCUACAAUGGCACCAUGAUUAUAAGGGAUCACGAAAGUAAUAAUGGAUAGUUGUUGGUUGAAAAAAUGAUAAAACCUCACAAAUACCCGUUUUUGGCUUGUUGCUACUUAACCCAGUAGCUAUUAACUCAUUAUUAUUUCGAUGACAAAAUGAGCAAAACUGACAAAACUGUCUGAAUAGUGCGGAAUACAGAUUUUCUAAAGAAUGAAAUUAAAAUUUUUCCUGAACAAAUAAUCUUGAAGAAGUUCAAUUAAUCGUUCUAUAUUCUCAAAAGACAUGAAUGGCGAUUCCAACUUGGAGGUCCUUCCUUCUAUCCCAAAAGAUAUUAUUUUUCCUGAUGAGUUGAAUCGUUAUUUGAGAGGACAAAUUGAGUACCUAAUGCACGAAAAUGGCAUGCUCAGAAAAAAUCUACAAGAAAAUGAGUCCUCCUUGAAUGAAAAUAAAUCCAUAAUCGACAAUCUGAAGAAUAAGUUGAAAGAGUAUGAAAACACCGACAAUAAACAUCAGUACACUACUUCAACUGCCUUGGCUAGCUCUAAAAUCGUAGAAUUGAGUAGAAAAUUGAGGGAGAAGAAUGCAGAAGUUGAAUCAUAUAAAACUAAAUGUUCCAAACUCGAAAAACAAAUUUUUGAAAUUUACGAGAAUAAAACCGAAGAACCGCAAAAAGAAGAAAUGUCUCCUGCACAGAGAACAGAAAGGGAAGAUCAGCUGAAAAAACUUCAAGAUAAAUUGAGCGCCUCUUCUAUGAGAUUCAGAGAAUUGCAAAAUAUGAAUAUUCAUCUGAAGAACGAAUUAAAAAUGGCAAAUAAAUAUCUGCAACAAGAAGUAGGGGAUACUCUGGAUACUAUCAGUAACAAUAACAAUUUAGGGUGGAGAGGACGAGCACAGAUCAUAUGCGACUUGCAACAGAAAAACCAGGAGUUGAAAGAAAAGCUUAAAGGAUACCAGAAAAAGAGUGGUGUAGAAGUUAACAGUAAAGCCGAAAAAAAAUUAGAUAACUUAAUCAAAGAAAAUGAGGACCUGAAAAAUAUUCUGGAAGAACAAAAAAAGCGAAUUGACGUAUUGAGAGCCAGAUGCAAAGUAUUAGAAGGCGAACAAUCCAUUAACAAGUCUAAAAUAGCUUCGCUUAUAGCGCAAACUGAACGUGAUCAGAACCUAAUGCAAACGUUAUCUAAUCAAGUAAGCAAUCAGCAAAACGUUACAAAUGAAACUAUUAAACAGAAAGAUAAGCAUAUCAAAGGCCUACAACAGGAUAAUGAAGUAUUAAGAAUCGAAUUGUCAAAGCAGAGAUAUACAGUAGAAAAUCUUACGAAGGAUCUGAAUGAUAAAAUGGAAGAAAUAAAGGAUUUAAUGAGGAAUAAACGGAAAAGUCCAAGACCAAGCAGUUCCUACGGACAGAGAAAUAAAAAUUUAAUUGACGAAAGAUUAGUAAAUCGACUGGAAGCAGAAAAAUCCCGCUUAUUAGAGCUCACGGAAGUACAGGCCUCAAGAAUAUCGGCUGAAAGGGAAGCGCAUUCGAAAACGCAAGAACGGUUGAUGGUGGAAAGGCAGAAAGCAGCAAGAUUGGAGACCAAUUUGGCCAAAUUAGAACUAGAAUAUAGUUCAAUUAGAUCAGGAGGUUCAUAUUGUACUUUGACAACGAAUAGAUCCAUAGACGGAAAGAAAAAUACCUUAGACUUCAAGGAUGAACUGGAAAUAGCCCAAGAAACGAUAAAAGCUCUGAAAACAAGACUCGAAAUUGAACAACAUGAGCGGAAGGUGGAUUUGAAAGAGUUUGCGAGGAUUUUGGAAUUGCAUAAAUGAUAAUUAGCUUAUAAUCGUUUUGAUUUUGUUGUUAUUCCCAUGCAUAUUAAUUAAAUAAAUUCUGGUGGAAAUUUC